ACAGGUAGAAAGUAGUAUCAUCAAUGAUGGCUGGUGGUAUUAUUGAAUUUGAAUUCAAUAAACUUUGGAAUUAGAAACUAGAAGUUAAGGGCUGGGAUAUUAAAUAAUACGUGGCUAUACACCUUGAUUCCAGUUUCCCUUUAUCAACAUUGGAUGAUGUUUUUCAUCUUGCAAUGCUGCAAUUCUUCCUAAAGUGGGCAGUAAAACUUUAUGCACUUCUAAGGGAUGUCCAAUAAAUACUGGUCUUGCCAACAACACCCACAAUAACUAAUGUUGAUAAAACCUCUCAUUUACCAGGCUUUUCCAGUGCAAUUUCGAUACUCGGGAAUGGCAAGCUGUAAAAGUUUUUCUGUUCUUAUUUUAACUGUUUCUGCUGGAUUUUUGGCAAUAUUGUGGAGAGACACUUUUGAUCUUGAGUUAUUGCUUGGUUCCCGUGUCCUACUGACUGGUGCAAGUAAAGGAAUAGGGGAACAGAUGGCAUAUCAUUAUGCCAGAUUUGGUGCUGAACUUGUAAUAACUGCACGAAAUGAAACUCGACUAAGACAAGUUGAGGAGAAAUGUUUGGAACUGGGUGCAAAGAAAGUCUAUUCCUAUCCUGCGGAUAUGUCAUUUCCAACGAGUCCACAGCGGGUGGUGCAAUUUGCUUUGGAGAAGCUGGGUUCUUUGGAUUACUUAGUCUUGAAUCACAUUGGAAAUGAUCGCUUCCAAAUGUGGGAUGGAAAUGCUGAGGACGUCAGUUGGCUGAUGCAAGUGAACUUCCUGAGUUAUGUCCAGCUGACAGCUGCUGCGCUCCCCGCUUUAAUCAAAAACAAUGGGUCCAUCGUGGUCGUCUCCUCUCUUUGUGGAAAAUUGGCCAUCCCCUUUGCAACAGCAUAUUCAGCUUCUAAAUUUGCUCUGGAUGGUUUCUUCACCGCCCUGCGUCAUGAGCUCGCGAUGCAGGGGAAGAACGUGUCAGUCACGCUGUGCAUCCUUGCAAUGAUUGACACCAAUUCAGCCAUGGAGAAAGUCAAAUCUGUGAACAUUAGAAUGAUGACAGUUUCUCCAGCCUCUGAAUCUGCGCUGGCUAUUAUCAAAGGAGGAGCUGCGAGGGCUCAGGAAAUCUAUUACCCGUGGUGGACCACUCUGACUGUCAGCAUCCGAGACUGGUUUCCCGAAAUGAGGGACAAGCUAAUCCGCAGUUCCUUCCAAGAAAAAAGCAAAGAAGACGGAAGCUAACCUGGUGCUGUCACCGUGAGGGUUAGACAUGAUGUGGAGGUGCCGGUGUUAGAUUGGGGUGUACAAAGUUAAAAAUCACACAA